AUGCCUUUCUGUUCGAAUUGUGGGGCGGCUGUGCCGCCUAAUGCUCGCUUCUGCUCGGGCUGUGGCCAAGCCACCGCCGCCGGCGCUGCCCCUGCUCCUUCGUCCCCCGCCUCCUACUCGCCAUCUUCCUCCAGCAACGUGUCAUCCAUUACCGGCGUGGCCCAGCAGGGAGCGUCCGUUUCCAACGCGUACCUGAUGGGAGGCCUGGGCAAGGGCGCUGACGUCAACACCGAGCUGUCCCGCAUCCUGGGCGACACCAGCACGCAGCGGCAGUGGUCGACCGAGACGCGAGGGCCGCAGCAGUCGCUCGGCACCUGCGUCGCCUGUCGCAGCCCCAUCCAGUCCGAGAGCAUUCAGGCGCUGGGCGGAGUGUGGCACACGGGCUGCUUCAAGUGUGGCGGCACUUGCGGCGAGCUGUUCGCCAAGACCGGCAACAACCGCGUCCUUGAGAAGGACGGGAGGCCCUACUGCGAGAACUGCUACGACGCCAAGUUCGGCGAGCAGUGCGCCGCCGGGUGCGGGAGAGGUCUCGGCCCACAGCGGGUCAAGGCCCUCGGCGGCCUGUGGCACCCCGACUGCUUCAGGUGCACGGCGUGCAAGGCCAAGUUCGAGGGCUCGGGCGUGAUCAACCGAGGCGGGAAGCCCUACUGCAAGACCUGCUCGGCCAAGUGA